CUUGGGACCCUUCCGGUGGCUUCAGCCAAUCCGUGCAGAGAGGAGCGGGGAGGACCGAGAGGAGCUGUGGGAGCUCGAAGGGCCACGGCCGCCGCCACUGCCGCGGCAGGGGCGUGGAGGGCAGGGGGCGGCCGAGGCCGCAGCUGCAGACAUGGCUCAGGGCAGAGCCGGCGGAAACCCGUUCGCCGAGUCCGGCGAGCUUGACAACCCCUUUCAGGACCCAGCUGUGAUACAGCACCGACCCAGCCCGCAGUAUGCCACGCUGGACGUCUACAACCCUUUCGAGAGCCGGGAGCCAUCACCAGCCUACGAGCCUCCUGCCCCCACCCCUGCCCCGUUGCCUCCACCCUCAGCCCCCUCCUCGCAGCCCUCCAGGAAACUCAGCCCCACAGAACCCAAGAACUAUGGCUCCUACAGCACUCAGGCCUCAGCCGCAGCAGCCACAGCGGAGCUGCUGAAGAAGCAGGAGGAGCUCAACCGGAAGGCGGAGGAGCUGGACCGGCGGGAGCGGGAGCUGCAGCACGCCGCCCUGGGGGGCGCGGCCCCUCGACAGAACAAUUGGCCCCCUCUGCCUUCCUUUUGCCCAGUUCAGCCCUGCUUUUUCCAGGACAUCUCCAUGGAGAUCCCCCAGGAAUUUCAGAAGACGGUGUCCACCAUGUACUACCUCUGGAUGUGCAGCACUCUGGCCCUGCUCUUGAACUUCCUUGCCUGCUUGGCCAGCUUCUGCGUGGAGACCAGCAAUGGCUCAGGCUUUGGCCUUUCCAUCCUCUGGGUCCUCCUUUUCACCCCCUGCUCCUUCGUCUGCUGGUACCGCCCCAUGUAUAAGGCCUUCCGGAGUGACAGUUCGUUCAAUUUCUUCGUCUUCUUCUUCAUUUUCUUCGUCCAGGAUGUGCUAUUCGUCCUGCAGGCCAUUGGCAUCCCGGGUUGGGGGUUCAGUGGCUGGAUCUCCGCCCUGGUGGUGCUCAAGACCAACACGGCGGUGGCUGUGCUCAUGCUGCUGGUCGCCCUGCUCUUCACCGGCAUCGCCGUGCUGGGAAUUGUGAUGCUCAAGCGGAUCCACUCCUUGUACCGCCGCACAGGUGCCAGCUUUCAGAAGGCCCAGCAAGAAUUUGCUGCUGGUGUCUUCUCCAACCCUGCGGUGCGAACCGCAGCUGCCAACGCAGCUGCUGGGGCUGCUGAAAAUGCCUUCCGGGGCCCGUGAGCCCUGACUGGGGUGCCCUGGCCCUGCCACUUGAGGGAGCUGACCUGGCCCCCUUCCCUGAGGUUUCUGGGACUUGGAAAGACAGCACUACUCGAUGGCUCCUCCCUAGUGCCCCCAAUCCCACAGCCAUGACUGCUGAACCUGACUCGGGGGUUGGGAGUCCACUGUGACCCGGUCACUGCCCACCCUGCCCCUUCAGGCCACACUGCUGCCACCUCCCACACUCCCCAGCCCGGCUUCCCUCUGCUGUGCCAAGGCUGUUGCUUCAGUUAUUUAAAUUAAAAAAAUUAAC